UAUGUCCAGAUCAGUUGUCUUUGGGCCACAUGGAACAUAUAUGCAGUCAUUCACCUGUACCGCGCCUAGCACAACGAGGCCCUGGUCCUUGACUGGAGUCCUUUAGUGCCACCUCGAUGGAAAUAAUCAUCAUUGUUCAUGUAAGAGGGAGGAAAUCCCGACACAGUUCUGCACUCCAAGCCUGUAAGACUGGACAUCACAACGCUCUGUCUGCAACUAGUCUGCUAAUACUGUGGUCAUAACCUAGGCAUCACUUUUCCAAGUCUCUGGGCUACAGGGAAUAAUACGACUUCAUAAGUGUAGAUGGAAGAAGCAGGGAGAGUGAUGUGGCACUCAUGCCUCCCAAGCAGUGAUUCAUGGUUAUUGGCCUCCAAAGGGAAAAUUUCUUACUUCUGUUCAUAUUCAAGUGACAGGAUCAGAGAACUAGCAAGACCAAAGAAGCCUAAAGCAGCUUGGGAGAACUUUAGUAGUAGGUUAGAAUGGGGAAACCAGGAGACAAUUUGGCCCCUCUCCCUGAGUGCAUUGACGGCUCAGCCAACACCAAGAAUUAUGUCUCUGGCCAAACCCAAGAAAAUUUUUGAUGGUAACCUUCAACGCAGGCGCCUCUUCCUGUACAUCUGUGGCCAGAUGUCAGAGAUCUGGCAGCGCCCACCGUUGAUGGAUUUAGCUUUACCGUCGCCUCGAAUAUUGAAGUUGGCAGAACCUAAAAAAUACCAAACAGCGUACUUAAAACAAAGGCCUCGUAGUUCUCCGGAGUGGCCCGUGCCAACAGCUGCGCUCACCUGUGAGGCUUCCCAGCGGGUUCUAGAACUUGCACGUCCAAAAUCAGUGCAUCCAGGCUUCAUGCUAGACAGAAAGGUUGAAACACAAAUUACAGACACUGCAAGGAUGACUGUCACCCCUCCAAGAACACAACGUCUUGCCCAGCCAAAGAUUCAGAAGAAUACUUUGUGCUACGACCGGGGAAGUCCUGAAUCCGUGAUCCGCCCAGUAUCCAGGUCUGCCCAGCAAGCAGUAGCCAGUGUUCGGAUACGAGAGUUGGCUAAAGCAAAAGAGGUGUCACAUGAGUAUCUGCCUGCCCAUGAUACCGCAUGGCCAGUGACAAAGGCCGCAAAGCAUGCAGUGACUACGCCUAGGGUGGAGGAACUGUCCCAGCCGUGCAAAAGGCCCACUGCAAACCUUGCUCAGUUUGAUCCAGAUGCCUUUUUUGUAAAGGAGUCUGCUAAGAAGGCAGUUUGCUCCAACAGGCUUCAAAAACUAGCACACCCUAUUGAGCGCUGAACCCCUUGGCUCUUAGGUUCAUUAAAUACUUAGAAGAUUCAUGGCUGUCUUGUCUGCUGUUCCCUUCCCGAGUGCGUGUGAUUACAUGUUGUAGAUAGAUUGUAUGCUUGGGAGAGUUUGAAUAAAGAAGAGAUGGAUGAUCUAGGGAAAAGCCCUCCAGAGAUUCAACUGCUGCUGCUUUUAAAUACGUUGCAUCUC